UACAUUUAUGACAAUUCCAUCACUACUUCCCCUUCUUCAUACACAGAUCACACCACAUAUUUUUCCUCAUUCUUCCCCUCUUUUCCUCUCCCCAAAAAAAAUAUUCUCUAUAUUCCCUUCAUUUAACAGCCAUGUUUAAUCCAAGAAACCAAAAACCCAAUGAUCAUAUCCCAAUUCUUGAUCCUGUUACAACCUCAGACUACAGUUAUAACCUUAGGAAUUGGCCUAAAAAUGAUGUUGAAAGUGUCCAAUUUAGAGUUCAAGAAAGUUCAAACCAUGUUGAUUAUGGUGAUGAAUCUGGUGUUUCUUCACCACCCUUAUGGAAAAAUAGCCAUCAAAUUUCGACAAAUUAUCGGUCACAUUCAAAUAGCUCUAGAGCUUUAGCUAUAGCUAGAGGCCAAUUUGAACUUAUGGAAAUGGUCAAAAACAUGCCUGAAUCUUGCUAUGAGUUGUCUCUUAAGGAUCUUGUUGAGCAAAAUAGAGUCUUGGAAUCUGAUCAAGAAGAAUGCUUAAUAAAUAAAGAGGAGGAAAAUUUUACUAGUACAACUAGUCUAGAACAACAAAGGAUGAAGAGCAUACAAAGGCAAGAGAGUAAUAGUAGUAAAAAGAGUAACAACAAUAAGAAUGAUCAUCAAAAGAAAGGGAAGAUGAUUAGAAGUGAGAGUUUUGAAAAUCAAAGACUUUUUCUAAAGAUGUUUUUUCCAAUUUCAUUGGAAUCAAAGAAGAAGAAUUUGAAGAAUUCACCAAAAACUAGUACUAAAGUUUCACCUAAGCCAGAAGGGUCAGUAAAAUCUUCAAAAAAUGUGGAAAAAGAUUGGUGGAAAAGGAGAUUUUCUUGUUCAAGUGAGAGUGAUAGUAGUAGAACAGGCAGCAGUAAUAGUGAAAGUACUGAUACAAGUGGUAGCAGUGGCAGCAAUGGUAGCAGAAAAAGUAAAUACAGG